UCUCAUUCUAAUACAUCAUAACAAAAAAUCAAAAUUAAUUACAUAUCAAACACCCAUUUACACAUAAUUACACAAGUGAACGACAACAAUCAAUAUGGCAAGUGCAAGGAGAUUGGGCAUAGCUAUGGAUUUCUCACCAUGCAGCAUUAAGGCUUUUCAAUGGACAGUGGAUAACAUUGUGAAAGAAGGUGAUAACCUCAUUCUUAUUAUCAUUCGCCCAGAAGAGUAUGAGCAUGGAGAAAUGCAGCUUUGGGAAGUUACUGGCUCACCUCUCACGCCUCUGGGUGAGUUCAUUAACUCCGAUCUCCCAAAGAAAUAUGAAAUCAAAACCGAUCCUGAAGUACUUAAAAUUGCUACAACCGCCAUAGAGCAAAAAAAGGUUGUGGUACUAGUAAAGGUCUAUUGGGGAGAUGCUCGUGAGAAAUUAUGUGAAGCAAUUGAACAAGUACCUCUUGAUGGUCUUACCAUGGGGAAUAGAGGUCUUGGCACCCUUAGAAGGGCGAUAAUGGGCAGUGUCAGCAAUUACGUAGUGAAUAAUGCUUCUUGUCCCGUUACUGUGGUGAAGAGUUCAGGCCAACACCAUUAAUUAAUUUUUCUAUCUAAUUUGAUAUAGGAAUAAACAUGUACCUUGUUUGAUGUUUUUAGUGGUUUUCCAUAUAGUUUUUUUUCUUCUUUCUUUUCAGCCUGUUUAUGAAUUAACUUU